ACCAACACUGGGAAGGACGAAGAUAAGAUCAUCCUGCAGCAGUUUUUCAGACACAUCCUUCGAAAAAUACCAGGCAGGCAACAGAAGAGCCUCAGUUCACAGGAAGGCUGAAGCUGCCGCCAUUCAGAGGGUCAGAGGGAAAUUAAUUCUGCAGCAGAUUAUCACCUUUAACAUCAUCACCACCAUGAAGAUGCUGACUGUGUCUGCACUUCUUUGUGCAUUGCUGGUUCUGACCAGAGCUACUUCUCCUGCAGAAGGAGAGAAUGACACUGAGACAGAGAAGCCUACUGAAUCAGCUCCAGCACCAUCAGAGGAGGGACCUGGGGCAGAGGACCUGCAUGUAAGUACGGUACCUCCAACUGCUGUUCCAACAGCAAUAUACGAUGACUUUGGCUUUCAUCACUUUGGCUUCAGCUGUCCUGGUGGUUGGACAAUGUUCGAUGCUCAUUGUCUCCUCUACGUUCCAGAAAACAUGACUUGGGCUGAUGCUGAGCAAAACUGCCAGUCAGGCAAUGGAAACUUCAAUGCAUUUGGAAGCCUCGUAUCUGUAUUUCAAGAGUAUUACUUUGAUGACAUUCAAGAGGUGAUGCAGAAGGCUGGUCACAAGUCUGGACAAGUCUGGGUUGGAGGCUCCAAAGCACCAGGGGAUUCUUCUUGGUCCUGGAGUGAUCAUAUGUCUCCCAACAUAUUUCCCAACUGGUGCUCUGGAGAACCUUCCAAGGAAAACUGUCUGAAAAUAAAUUUUGAAGAGAAUGCGUCUGGAUGCUUGGAGGGCUCGCCAUGUGAUGCUGAGCUCCCAUCUGUCUGCGGCAUAAUCCUCAUGUGAUUCCUGAGCUGACAGAGAGCCACAAUCCAUCUGUGAAAGCACAAACAUGUGUCAUUGUGCCAUCAGUGGCCUAUUUAACUUGUGGGAUAUAUCUAUCUAAUGUUACAUCUUUGUUUCUUCUCUAUCGCUGUAACGCUACUAAGUUACAAGUGAAAUAAACAGGGGCUGGAUUUUCUCUUAGGUCUUAAUGCUUUUAGCACAGCUGUAUUCUGCAGAGUGAACUGU